AGGCUCAGUCAUCCAUUUGUGUUCACUGGGAGUAUUGGAAUAGUGCCCCAUCAUUGUUGUCAGUGUGGGAGGAAUAGCGCCCCAUCAAUGGUGUUAGUGGGAGGAAUAGUGUCCCAUCAUUGGUGUCAGUGGGAGGAACAUUGCCCCAUCAUUGUUGUCAGUGUGGGAGGAAUAGUGCCCCAUCAUUAUUGUCAGUGUGGGAGGAACAGUGCCCCAUCAUUGGUGUCAGUGGGAGGAACAUUACCCCAUCAUUGCUGUCAGUGUGGGCAGAAUAGUGCCCCAUCAUUAUUGUCCGUGUGGAAGGAAUAGUACCCCAUCAUUGGUGUCAAUGUGGGAGGAUAUAUUGCCCCAUCUUUGGUGUUAGUGUGGGAGCAAGAGUGCCCCAUCAUUGGUGUCAUUGGGGGGAAUAAUGCUGCAUCAUUGUUGUCAGUGUGGGAGGAAUAGUGCCCCAUCAUUGGUGUCAUUGGGGGGAAUAAUGCUGCAUCAUUGUUGUCAGUGUGGGAGGAAUAG